AUGCGCUUCUCACUCGCCCUCGUUGCUGCCGCCAACAUUUUGGCUCUUGUCUCUGCUGCCCCAGCCGAAGCUGCUGCUGGAGCUGUUUCCGGUAAGCGAACCCUUCGAAAUGCGUUCGAAGAGGAAGUCAGAAGAACAUCCAAACGUCUUCAAGAACCCGUAUAUCUAUCUCAAGAAGUGAUCUAACUCAGAGUCCUCCACAGGUACCACCGCCGGUGCGGAAAUUAGCACCGUUUCUGGAUCUUUCAAGACCCUUGACACCUCUGCUGGUAAGCGUCCACCCCACUCAUCAUUUUGAAGUGAGAUAUUAAAAAGCUCGUUCAGCUCCUGGAACUGAUGCAGCCAAUGGAUACUGCGGUAAUUUGA